AUGCCACACGUCAACCGUAUUCCCCGGCCGAUCCGAAAUCCCGCCCAACUCCUGAUCCUGACACUUCAGUAUGAACGCAACAAGCUUGCCCCGAUCAAUCCAGUGCGUCCGCCCGAUAAUCUCCAGACUGCUCAACACCCACCAGCUAUAACACACGUCCUCGUCCUUCUCCGGCCUGCCGUUCAACCCGCCCCCCGCAACCUGCCGCUCGCUGAGCCACCGGCCCAGCUUAUCCGCCUCCACGAGGUCCAGACGCCCCGCGAUGGCGAGCGCCGCAACGCACGUGAAGAUCUGGCCCGAGUGGGACUCGUCGCCCGGGCUGACGCCGUACCCGCCGUCAAAAUUCGUGCAGGCGACAAUGUGCGCGACGGCCUUGUCGACGUCCACGAGGGAGAGCAGGCCCAAGAGGGAGAGGGCGUUGAAGGCGCCGUACAAGAAGCGCGUGUCCUCCUCGCCCCAUUCGUCUCCCGCAAAGGUGCCGCUUUCACGGCUCUGGAGGUCCGCAAUGACUGGAGAUGGCGAGUUGUACAACAUAUGCGCGUCGUGGCCCGGCGCGGCCCCGAACCCCCCGCUCUCAUGCUGACACGAGAGCACGAAAUCAAUCGUCUCGUCCCGCGGGAGAGCCUCCGGGUGGCCGAGGAGGUGCAGCGCUACCAGGCCCCAGUAGAGGCCGUUGAGGCGCAGGUGCUCCGUCAGCCAGUAGUCGUACUCGUCUUUGCGGGUAUCAAGGCUCUGGACGUAUUUGACGUGCGCCGCCGUCGCCAGCUUGAGCUCGUCUGGCAGGUUCUCGAACUGGGCCGCCAUGACGCCACCCUUUUUCUCUUUUGA